UCUUGUGCCGUUGCCACGGGAGACGCAGUAGCGCUCGUGCACGUAUGUAGCUUGCGUUCUCCUCAAGUCAGAAACUCUGCUACAAUCACGCCAAAGUCGAGAUGGUUUUACUAUUCAGACGGAUAAUUUCAUAAUUCAUACGGAGUUAAUGAACAGAUGUCUGCGUUUCGACCUAAACUGGUCUGAAGGCUCUGUGGAGUUUUGAAUCAGACGGAGAUUAGAGAUGCCCAGAGCGUCUCAUCUCCUCCUGCACUCAGUGAAAUUAAGCCGUAAUCCCUUCAGUGGCCUGCUGCUCUUCCUAUGUAACACCUUGGAGAACCAGAGCUGAAGGACUCUCUUACACCAGGCCAGUGUGACAGGACGCUGCAGGAGUCAAAGCAGGAUCUUCUGAAGCCACUCUGAUGAGGAGUUCAGCUCUUUAGGAACAGUAAGAGCAUCUGGAUUUUCACUCGUCACUCUCUCCAGCAUGGCUGACCUCUGGAUUAAACCGCCUCUCCAAGAAUCAGAUUUGUGGUCUGCUGGAUUCCCGUGGAGCAGUCAGCAGCGGGAUGGAGUUAUAUUUAUAUAAUCCGAGUGUCAUAUUCUCCAUGUGGUGUGGUCUGCUGGAGGCCUGUGGCGUCGCCGUGCUCUAGUAAAGUCCACAUCGCUGAAGAAAUGCUCCAGACAAAUAACUACUCGCUGGUGCUGCUGAUCCAGCUGGCUCUGCUCACCUUCGACCUGUUCGUCAACUCCUUCAGUGAGCUGCUGCGGUCAGCGCCGGUCAUCCAGCUCGUGCUCUUCAUAAUCCAGGACAUCGGGAUCCUGUUUAACGUGAUCAUCAUCCUCCUGAUGAUGUUCAACACGUACGUGUUUCAGGUGGGGCUGGUGUCGCUGUUACUGGAGCGCUUCAGAGCCAUGCUGAUUCUGUCUGCUCUCUAUCUGACCCUCAGCAUCUGCUUCCACUGCUGGGUCAUGAACCUGCGGUGGAUGGAGUCCAAUCGGUUCGUGUGGACGGACGGCCUGCAGGUUCUCUUUGUGUUUCAGAGAAUCGCUGCUGUGUUGUAUUACUACUUCUACAAACGCACAACCGAAUAUCUCGGAGACCCCAGACUUUACGAGGAUUCUCCGUGGCUCCGGGAUGCUUUCGCAAGAGCGCGGCAGUGAGGAGAGACUGGAGAAAACCAAACGAUGCUCAAGGGAUGCUAACAUUGCACAUUUUUUCCACAAAACUCCCAAGCGUUUCAGGAGACCAAACUCAAAAUGGACUCGUUCAGAGCCUCGUCAGAUUAAACAGAGGAAGGAGCAGAGGAAAGAAGAGCACAGACAGGUAAAGCAGAUCAUGAAAGGUAUACAAUCACGUUUUCAUCACAGCAAAAAUGAUCUUAAUGCCCCAACCAGGUGUAAAGCUACAUUAGUACUGCAGUUUGUUCUUCAUGAGAGGGUUAGUUCACUCAAAAAUGAAAAUUAUCUAGUGAUUUACUCACUUUCAAGGCUUACUAGUGGUGUACAUGACUUUCUACAUUCAGUCGAAUUCAAUUAAAGUUCUAUUAAAAAUGAUCUAUGGCUUUUCCAGCUCUGAAAUGGCAUCAGACAGGUGUAUUUCUUCCAAAACAAGUCCAAUAAAUGCAUCUAUCAAUGAAAAUAAGUGCCCCAUGUGGCUAUGGAGGCUGAAUAAAGGUCUCCUGUUGCAAAUCCACGCAUUUUUGUAAGAACAAUAUCCAGGGCUUAAUUUGUGCUGGAACACGCUGGAUCCGGCACCUCUGAAAUCUGAUCCAGCACCUCAUUUUACCGAUCCCCCUCCUUAACCGCCCUCCUCCCCCAUUCGCUAUUCACUUUCUUCCGCAACUCCCCAACCCUCUUUACAUUCAUUUGCAACAACCCGAACCAGACCCCCCCCCCCUGCUCUUCACUUUCUUCCUUUGUCCGUGAAAGCCCUCUGCCUUCCAACAACAUCCAACGUCAGUGGCCCCCCCACUUUCUAUCCACUUUUGUGCGUGACACCUCUCCAUCCGCGGGUAGCAUGCCGGAUCUGUUAUCAGACCUCGCAAUUCACAAAUUAAGCAUUGAAAAAAUCUAUAUUUAAAGCCUAAAAUAAUCAUUUUUGUAUGACUUCUGUGAAAUGAUUGAGUGCAGCGCCAUCUGUAGUUCAUACAGAGCAACUGUAGUACAAUGAUAAUGGCGUAAAAUGGUUUUGUUCAUAAAAAAAAAAAACUUCUGUCUUAAUUUACUAUUUAAAUGCAUUUUUUGGUAUACAAAGCGCCAUCAGCUGGACAAGAGUGUGCUUUGUUUGUCUCUUUUCAUUGCGCUUGUUCAGCUUCACACUUAAGAGAUAAAAAAAAAAGACUCCUGUCCAGCAGAUGGCGCUAAUACACCAAAAAAAGUACCUCAGCGUCAGAAGAAGGCAACUUAUGCUGGAGGUUACACAAAACAGUUUAUAAAGUUUUAAAUAUGGAUAUUUCUCUAACAAAAACACAUGGAUUUGCUCAAGAAGUCGUUUAUUCAUCUACCAAAGCUGCGUGAGGUACUUUUUUUAUAAUGGAUUAUGCACUUUAUUGGAGUAUUGGCCAUUAUAGAGCUGGAAAAGCCCAAGAGGAUUUUUAAUAUUACUCUUGACUGGAUUUGACUAAAUGAAUAAUGUCAUGUAGGCUCCUGGGAUGCUUUUAGUAUGAGAAAAUAACUCGUUUACAUUUUUGCGUGAACUAACCCUUCAUCUACUGGUUUCAUAGGUAUCUUGUGUAUCGAUUAGUGGCUAAUGCUAAAAUGUGUUCUAAUGUCUGGAGCAGCGUUUGACUGUACAUUUGAAACACGAGAGUUUGCCUUUGGAUAGACUAAGAGUGGAAUUUGGACUAAGGAGUUGUUUUUGUAUACUGAACGGUUUGUUUUUUUAAUUUGUACUAUUGUCAUCCUCCAAACGUGACGCAUGUUUUUAGUAAAUUGUUGACGGAGCAUCAACAAAGUGCCUCACGGUUUUCACCCAACACUACGCAGAGCGUCAGCACACUUGUUAUGCUGAAAUUGUGAUUUUAUUCGUCUGUCACUGCUAAUGUUGUUGUAAUAAACGUUUUUCAUUGGACUGACUCGUGACUUUAUGGCAGCCUAUCAUUAGAAGACAAAUCCAUCAGGAAGCUUUCAUCUCACAAUUCUGAUUUUCUUCUCACAAAUCCAAAUUUACGUCGCCCUCAGAAUUCCACCUUAACACCUCACUAUUCUUACUUUACUUAGGGCGCACUCAAACUAGGUACAGUUGCUUUGAACCGUGCCGAAGUGUAACUAUCCCCCCUCCCCCGACAGCCUGCACUCAAACUGCCUUUCACCUUCCGAGCCUGAGCGCAAUUACAUAAUUGAUGAUGCGACUGUUCAGUUUAUCAGAAGAAAAAACAGCAAAUGGGGGAGGAGGCCUUAACCGCCCUUCUCCCCCAUUUGCUGUUCACUUUCUUCCACGACUCCCCAAACCUCUUUACAUUCAUUCACGACAACCCCCCGCUCUUCACUUUCUUCCUUUGUCCGUGAAAGCCUUCCGCCUUCCAACACCAUCCAACGUCAGUGCCACCCCCCCCCCCCCAUCUUCUAUCCACUUUUGUGCGCAACACCUCUCCAUGUGCGCAACAUCUCCUCUGCAUGCAGGAUCUGUUAUCAGACCUCGCAAUUCACAAAUUAAGCACUGAAAAAAAUCUAUAUUUAAAGCCUAAAAUAAUAAUUUUUGUAUGACUUCUGUGAAAUGAUUGAGUGCAGCGCCAUCUGUAGUUCAUACAGAGCAACUGUAGUACAAUUAUAAUGGCGUAAAAUGGUUUUGUUCAUAAAAAAAAAAACUUCUGUCUUAAUUUACCAUUUAAAUGCAUUUUUUGGUAUACAAAGCGCCAUCAGCUGGACAGGAGUGUGCUUUGUUUGUCUCUUUUCAUUGCGCUUGUUCAGCUUCACACUUAAGAGAUAAAAAAAAAAAGACUCCUGUCCAGCAGAUGGCGCUAAUACACCAAAAAAAGUACCUCAGCGUCAGAAGAAGGCAACUUAUGCUGGAAGUUAAAACACAAAACAGUUUAUAAAGUUUUAAAUAUGGAUAUCUCUCUAACAAAAACACAUGGAUUUGCUCAAGAAGUCGUUUAUUCAUCUACCAAAGCUGCGUGAGGUACUUUUUUUAUAAUGGAUUAUGCACUUUAUUGGAGUAUUGGCCAUUAUAGAGCUGGAAAAGCCCAAGAGGAUUUUUAAUAUUACUCUUGACUGGAUUUGACUAAAUGAAUAAUGUCAUGUAGGCUCCUGGGAUGCUUUUAGUGUGAGAAAAUAACUUGAUCGUUUACAUUUUUGCGUGAACUAACCCUUCAUCAACUGGUUUCAUAGGUAUCUUGUGUAUCGAUUAGUGGCUAAUGCUAAAAUGUGUUCUAAUGUCUGGAGCAGCGUUUGACUGUACAUUUGAAACACGAGAGUUUGCCUUUGGAUAGACUAAGAGUGGAAUUUGGACUAAGGAGUUGUUUUUGUAUACUGAACGGUUUGUUUUUUUAAUUUGUACUAUUGUCAUCCUCCAAACGUGACGCAUGUUUUUAGUAAAUUGUUGACGGAGCAUCAACAAAGUGCCUCACGGUUUUCACCCAACACUACGCAGAGCGUCAGCACACUUGUUAUGCUGAAAUUGUGAUUUUAUUCGUCUGUCACUGCUAAUGUUGUUGUAAUAAACGUUUUUCAUUGGAC